CAGUAGGUUCUUAUUAGUUAUCUAGGGUUUGUGUGUUUGUAAUUUUGAUGGAAGGUGGCAAAUUGCUCUCUGUAAAGGUUGUGCCAUUUUCCAUCUCUCUCCCCCAGCCAUAUGUGAGAGAGUCUGGGUGGGAAGUUUGAAGGGCAGUAAUCUGAGACUCCUGGAGGUCGAAAGUAGUCACCGAUCAGGCAUAUGGUGCCCCCAUGUUAGAUACUUUACUUUUGAAGGAACCCAAAAGAAGAUGCCCUCAGUAAAUAGUUUUCACAGUGUGGGGAGGCGGUGUAGCAAGGUGGCUAGGGACACAGGCUUUGUUGUAAUAGAGACCUUUAUUUGAAUCCCGACUCUGCUGCUUACUGGCUGUGGGAGCUUAGGUAAGUCCCUCAGCCUUUCUGUCUAUUUCCUCCUCUCUGAAUGGGGAUAAUAAUAGUGUCUGUUGCCUAUGUUACUCAGGUUGCUGUGAAGGUUUAAAGAGCUGAUACACUUAAAGCCCUUGGAACUGUUCCUGGCACAAGGUGCCACUUUGUUAUCUUGUCAGGGCUUCUCAUUUCAUCUCUACCACCCCUUUGUUUUGAAAACAGGCUACCUGGAUUUGCGUCUCAUCUCUGGCACUUCGUUGUGUGAUAUUUGGCAAGUUGCCUCAGUUUUUUUCACCUGUAAAAUAUUAUUAAGGGGACAGUAUUAUUAAGAGUACCUGCUUGGGUUUUUGUGAGGAUUAAAUGUAUUAAUACACUUGCAAGUGCUUAGAGCAGUGCCCUGUAUAUAGUGUUCAAUAAAUGUUGGUGAUGUCUGUCAUUCUCUUGCAGUCUUUGGGCUGUUUUAGUGCCAUGCAUCCUUUACAGUGUGUCCUCCAAGCACAGAGAUGUCUGAGGUGGGGGCCCUUGACCUCUGUGUCCUGGCUGCUGCUUAGGACCUGCAGGGCACACAGUGGUGUCCGCAGCUCUGCAGGUCCCAGUCCAGAGAGGCGGCAGGAGGAUGGAGUUUGGAAGGAUUUCAGCUCCAGGCUGGCCACUGGACCGAUUUCAGCAUUUUUUAAGAAGUGCUUCAGUUCCUCAAGAGAAACCAUCUACUCCAGAUGUGGAGGACCCACCCCCAUAUCUCACAGUGGAUGAUCUUUUAGGAAGGCAGAGAAGAGUCUAUCUUGAGACCUAUGGCUGCCAGAUGAAUGUGAAUGACACAGAGAUAGCCUGGUCCAUCUUACAGAAGAGUGGCUACCUCCGGACCAGUAACCUUCAGGAGGCUGAUGUGGUCCUCCUUGUCACAUGUUCUAUCAGGGAGAAGGCUGAACAGACCAUCUGGAAUCGUUUACAUCAGCUCAAAUCCUUGAAGUCAAAACGGCUCCGCUCCCGAGUGCCUCUGAGGAUUGGGAUUCUAGGCUGCAUGGCUGAGAGAUUGAAGGAGGAGAUCCUCAACAGAGAGAAAACGGUGGAUAUUUUGGCUGGUCCAGAUGCCUACAGGGACCUUCCUCGGCUGCUUGCUGUUGCCGAGUCAGGCCAGCAAGCUGCCAAUGUUCUGCUCUCUAUGGAUGAGACCUAUGCUGAUGUCUUGCCAGUCCAGAUGAGCCCCAGUGCCACUUCUGCUUUUGUGUCUAUCAUGCGAGGCUGUGACAACAUGUGCAGCUACUGCAUUGUUCCUUUCACACGUGGCCGGGAGAGGAGUCGGCCUGUUGCCUCCAUUCUAGAGGAAGUGAGGAAGCUUUCUGAGCAGGGGCUGAAAGAAGUGACACUCCUUGGUCAGAAUGUUAAUAGUUUUCGGGACAAUUCAGAGGUCCAGUUCAACAAUGCAGUGUCCACCAACCUUAGCCGUGGCUUUUCUACCAACUAUAAAGCCAAGCAAGGGGGCCUUCGUUUUGCUUACCUUCUGGAUCAGGUCUCCAGAAUAGAUCCUGAAAUGAGGAUUCGUUUCACCUCUCCCCACCCCAAGGACUUUCCUGAUGAGGUUCUGCAACUGAUUCACGAGAGGGACAAUAUCUGUAAACAGAUCCACCUACCAGCCCAGAGUGGAAGCAGCCGUGUAUUGGAGGCCAUGCGGAGGGGAUAUUCAAGAGAAGCUUAUGUGGAAUUAAUUCAUCAUAUCAGAGAGUCUAUCCCAGGUGUGAGCCUCAGCAGCGAUUUCAUUGCUGGCUUUUGUGGUGAGACAGAGGAAGAUCACCUCCAGACAGUGUCUUUGCUUCAGGAAGUUCAGUACAACAUGGGCUUCCUCUUUGCCUAUAGCAUGAGACAGAAGACACGGGCAUAUCACAGGCUGAAGGAUGAUAUCCCAGAAGAGGUAAAAUUAAGGCGUUUGGAGGAACUUAUCACUGUCUUCCGAGAAGAAGCAACAAAAGCCAACAAGACCUUUGUGGGUUGUACCCAGCUGGUGCUGGUGGAGGGGCUCAGUAAACGCUCUGCCACUGACCUGUAUGGCCGGAAUGAUGGAAACCUUAAGGUGAUCUUUCCUGAUGUAGCGAUGGAGGAUGUCACUAACCCUGAGCUUAGGGUCCAAGCCCAGCCUGGGGACUAUGUGCUGGUGAAGAUCACCUCAGCCAGCUCUCAGACACUUAAAGGACAUGUUCUCUGCAGGACCACUCUGAAGGACUCUGCAGCAUAUUGCUGACCUGAGUGGUUGGCCUCUCAUUCCUUCCCAGCAGGAAGAGAGAGAUGACUGGUCACUAAUGAAAGAGACGCUUUGGAGACAAGCUAUAGUUCUGCACUUGAUGAUUUUGGGAGACUCUGGUAAGGAAACAUUGUACGUUGCUGAAAUAGAGCCUGACACAGAGAGGACUUAAGGACUGUGGGGGAGUGGCAGGGUUUGUGGAGAUGGAGAGAGGAGCCCCUUAGAGAGGAGGAAGCACUGCUCUGUCCAGCUGAUUAGCCCUGAAGCAGACGGCUCGGUCCCCCAGACCUCUGAUUUUCCAAGAGAAGCCACACAUCUUCAUUUUUCAG